AUGACAACAUUAAAAUUUAUACCAUACUCAAGUGCAUUAGAUACAGGUUUUUGGCAUGAAUUAACUCGUCGAAAACUUGAAAUCUAUCGACUUGACUCAUCGAAUCAAUCGAUUUAUGGUUAUUAUUCAAAUGAUGCAAAUGAUAAUAUGCCAGCAUUAUUCAAUAUUGAUCAUCGAGGUUUUGAUGAAAAUAAUAAAAUUUCAAAUCCACAACAGCAAUAUUCUGUAGAUGGUACUUUAAAACUUGUUAAUACAAUUGAAGAAUUUAAAACAUUUGAUAUUGAUAGUGCAUUAAAAUCUGAAAGUAGCAUUCUUUGGAAUGAUUUUGUACAAGGUCAUACACUUGAAAAUCCACAAAAGCUUAAUCGAUUUUAUUUAUUAAUUUUUGCUGAUUUAAAAAAAUAUAUUUAUUAUUAUUGGUUUGCAUUUCCAACAUUUCUUGUUCCAACAUCAUUUUAUUUAUUAAAUCCUGUUCAAUCAAUAGGUGAACGAUUUUCAAUAGAUGAAAUUACUGCUAUUAGUAAAACAUUGGAAUCUAAUCAAUUACAUGUUUGUUGUCUUCAUCGUCAAGAAAAUUUAUCAUUUUCGAUCGUUAGUUUAAAACAAGCUGUCGAACAUUUAAAUGAUCAACCGCAAUCAGCGUCGAAAUAUAUUUUUAUUGUUAAUGAUCCAAGUACAGAUCCAACACAUCCAGGAUGGCCUGUACGAAAUUUAUUAACAUUACUUUAUUAUCAUCUACGUUCUGUUGAACAACUUAAUAUUAUUUGUUGGAGAGAAAGAUUUCGUGAUGGUCAUCAACAUGUUAAUCAUUCCUUAUAUCUUCAAUUAAAACCAGAAUCAAUUAGUAAUAUUGGUGAUACAAUUCCACCAUCAACUGGUUGGGAAAAAAAUGAACGACAACGUCUUGGUUCUCGUCAAGUUAAUUUAAGUACAUCAAUGAAUCCAAUACAUUUAGCUGAAACAGCCGUUGGACUCAAUCUUAAAUUAAUGAAAUGGCGUUUAGCACCUGAAAUUGAUUUAGAAUCAUUAGAAAAAAUGCGUUGUCUACUCUUAGGUGCUGGCACCCUUGGUUGUAAUGUUGCUCGAUGUCUUAUGGGUUGGGGUAUUAAAAAUAUAACAUUUGUUGAUAAUAGUCGUAUAUCAUAUUCGAAUCCAGUUCGACAAACAUUAUUUACAUUUCAAGAUUCAUGCGAAAAUAAACCAAAAGCACAAGCAGCAGCUGAUGCUUUAAAAACUAUCUAUCCAGGGAUUAAAUCAAUUGGAUAUGAUUUAACAAUUCCCAUGCCUGGUCAUACCGUUGGUGAUUCAACAAUAGAAAAAGUUAAAGAAGAUGUGAAUUUAUUACAUGAUUUAAUUCGUCAACAUGAUGUUAUUUUUUUAUUAACUGACUCAAGAGAAUCACGUUGGUUACCAACAGUUAUAGGUGCUGUUGAACAAAAAAUUGUUCUAUGUUGUGCAGUUGGUUUUGAUUCAUAUGUAAUUAUUCGUCAUGGCGUUCCAACAAAAGAAUCUGAUUCAACUUCAAGAACAUAUAAAAAUUAUAUACCAGGCAAUAAACUUGGUUGUUAUUUUUGUAACGAUAUUGUUGCACCCGGUAAUAGUUCUAUUGAUCGUACACUUGAUCAGCAAUGUACAGUAACUAGACCAGGUAUUUCAAUGAUGGCUAGUGCCUUAUCUGUCGAAUUACUUAUUUCUAUUGUGCAACAUCCUCUUCGUGGUCAAUGUCCAGCAUCGAUUCAUCCUGAUCGUGAAGAAUCAGUUCCAGAAGCAGUUUCAUGUCUUGGUAUUGUUCCACAUACGAUACGUAGUUUUCUUAGUCGAUAUUCUACUGUAUUACCAACUGGUGAAGCAUUUUCACAAUGUGUUGCUUGUUCAUCUAUAGUUCGUAAAGCAUUUGAAGACGAUGGUUUUUCAUUUCUAUUGAAUGUCUUCAAUGAUAUAGAUUAUUUGGAAAAUUUAACUGGUCUACGUGCAAUGCAAUUAGCAACUGAUAUUAAUGAAAUAAUCGAAUUGAGUGAUGAUGAAGAGAUUUAA